UGUAAGAACAAAAUUCAGUCUUCAGAACCUUCUUCCUUCAUCAUAGGAUCAGAGCGUUUCAUCUGGCCUUCUUAAAUCUAAGUCUUUAAAAUGACUAUGUUUUCUUCUUUCUCUCUGUUUUUCCUAAUAGUUGGAGCUUAUAUGACUUCUGAGUGUUUCAAUAUGGAAAUUAUUGGAGGAAAAGAAGUGUCACCUCAUUCCAGGCCAUUUAUGGCCUCCAUCCAGUAUGGCGGACAUCACAUUUGUGGAGGUGUUCUGAUCCAUCCGCAGUGGGUGCUGACAGCAGCCCACUGCCACUACCGGUUUGCCAAAGGCCAGUCUCCCACUGUGGUUUUAGGCGCACACUCUCUCUCAAAGAAUGAGGCCUCCAAACAAACAUUUAAGAUUAAAAAAUUCAUACCAUUCUCAAGAUUUACAUCAAAUCUUCCAUCAAAUGAUAUCAUGCUGGUUAAGCUUCAAACAGCCGCAGAACUCAACAAGCAUGUCCAGCUGCUACACCCAAGCUCCAAAACCUCUCUUAGAUCUGGAACCAAAUGCCAGGUUACUGGCUGGGGAGCCACCGACCCAGAUUUAUUACAACCUUCUGAUACCCUACAGGAAGUCACUGUUACUGUCUUAAGUCGAAAACUUUGCAACAGCCAAAGAUAUUACAACCACGACCCUUAUAUCACCCAAGACAUGGUUUGUGCAGGAGAUGCCAAAGGCCAGAAGGACUCCUGUAAGGGUGACUCAGGGGGCCCACUGAUCUGUAAAGGUGUCUUCCAUGCCAUAGUCUCUGGAGGUGAUCAAUGUGGUGUUGCCAAGAAGCCUGGAAUCUACACCCUGUUGACCAAGAAAUACCAGAAUUGGAUCAAAAGCAACCUUGCCCCAUCUCAUGCAAAUUAAGUUACAAAUGAUUUUCUUGGAUGCACUUGCUUCUUUUUACCUAAUAUGCUCUCAGGUUAUAGUUGGAUGUAAAUAAAGCAGAGCACAGAUGGGGUUCAUUUUGCAUCUGUAUUUUGUUAAGCAAUCAAGUUCUUUCUCACUUGUAUCACUCAGGUAUUUCUACCUUGCUGGUUUGAUUUUAAAUAAAAUUUAGAAGACUCUC